GUGAGGAGGGAGAAACUUAGCUUUUAGUGUGGCAGGGUCAUGAAGAAGAGGCGGUGGUGGGAGAGAGGCGGUGGCGGCAGGGGCGCGAAACUGCGGUAGCCGCCCGCUGGGCUGGUGGUGCGGCUUUGUCGGGAGGGCGUAGGUCCUAGCCCCCUCUAGGGCAGCGGCCGGGGCUCGGGGCUUAGCGCGGCCGUGGAGCCGCCUCCCCGGGCCCCCUGCCUCCGCCAUGUUCCGCAGGGCACGCCUUAGCGUGAAGCCGAAUGUCAGGCCUGGUGUAGGCGCCAGGGGCUCCACUGCUCCCAAUCCCCAUCGCGGCCGGGAAUCUCCCAGGCCGCCCGAGCCUACGGCAGAGUCCGCUCCGAAGCCACUGGAGCACACAGAUGUGCCCGCGGUGGAUUCCGGGGGAGCGGAGCUCCAAGAAAAGGCUCCUAGGAGCAGUGAUGAGAAGAUUGCUAGUGAAAAUAAUGUUGAAGAGUCCAACAAAUUGUCCUCCACUGUUUCACAGAGAAGAAAGCGAAUAUCAAGUACUUCUAGUUUGGUUAAGCCUAGCAUCAGUCUUCCUUCACAGUCUCAUCCUUUAUCUAUAGUUAAUCAAGAUGCUCCACAGCCAAACCCUAUUCCAACGAAAGAGAAACAGCCAUGCUCAGACAGAUACCGAAUAUAUAAAGCCCAGAAACUGAGGGAAAUGUUAAAAGAAGAAUUGAGAAAAGAGAAGAAACAAUGGAAAAACAAAUAUGCUAUAAAUGAAAGUCAGAGGCCACCAGACCGUUCAAAAAUGACUAUGAGAGACUUCAUAUAUUACCUGCCAGAUAAUAAUCCAAUGACUUCUUCCCUAGAACAAGAAAAGAAAACUGAAAAAUCAUUGACUCCAGUCCAGUCAAGAGAUAGGCAGGAAAAUAAGAGCACUGUUGAUGUUGAAGAUAAUGAAGAAGUGGAAGAAGAGACAGAUGAUGGGCCAUUGCUGGUUCCUCGAGUAAAAGUGGCAGAAGAUGGUUCUAUUAUUUUGGAUGAAGAAAGUUUAACUGUAGAAGUUUUAAGGACAAAAGGCCCCUGUGUUGUUGAGGAAAAUGAUCCUAUAUUUGAGCGUGGUUCUACAACUACAUAUUCCAGCUUUAGGAAAAACUAUUACUCUAAGCCAUGGUCUAAUAAAGAAACAGAUAUGUUCUUUUUAGCUAUCAGCAUGGUAGGAACUGACUUUUCUAUGAUUGGACAACUCUUUCCUCACAGAGCAAGGAUAGAAAUUAAGAACAAAUUUAAACGGGAAGAAAAAACAAAUGGAUGGAGAAUAGACAAAGCAUUCCAGGAAAAGCGCCCUUUUGACUUCGAUUUUUUUGCUCAUUUGCUUCAGAAAGUUCUUGCUGAGGAAGAAAAAAGAAAACAAAAAUCUGUUAAAAGUCAGAGUUUAAAGGAGAAGAAACCCUCUAAACCACGGAAAAAUGUAAAAGUGAAAAAAGUUGCCAGCGAAGGGGUAAAUGAUGAUCCUGAUGAGUCUCUAAGUACUAAAAUUUCAGAUACUCAGGAAUAUGCUCAGAUGGUUGAAGAAGAGUCUUUGAUUUCACCAGAACAGGAUUUAGAACAAGUUGCAUUAGAACAAGACAGAAGUGAAAGGAAAAGGAGAAGGAAGAAUCAAGAUGAUGCUAAUGAACAGGAAGUCAAAAAUCUUUUAGGAAAUGCCAGUGUUCAGUCAGCCCCUUUUAAAGGAGAAAAACACAAGAAUACAAGUCUGUCUUCAAGACCUGAGGUAAAUGAAGGUGAAUGCAAUAUGGAACAGAAGCUUCUCUGUGCACAGAACAGAGAUGACAGUAUGAGUUUAGCCUCUGGUGAAAAAGUCGAGAAGAGAGCUGACCCUGUCCUUUCAGAAAGUAAUCAACAAGAUACCAUGCUUUUAGCAACUGAGUCUUCAGAACUAAGCACUUCAGAUUUUCUUCCAUCAGAAGUUGGAAUUAGAACAUCAUGUGAGGUGAAUAAUGCUGAGAGUAGUACAGGAGAAAGAAGUGUUGACCUGAACAAUAAAUCACUAUUAAAUAAUUUUUUUAGGGAGACCGAUCAAGUAGAAAAUGUAAAACCAAUUUUGAGAGGUCGACUCCAGAAACCUAAACCGAAUCUAUCAAGAGCAGUUGGGAAGAAAUCAGUUCUUUUACGAAACAAAACAGAUGCGGAGAGCAAGAAUUCAUGUUCAGAAACUUCAGUUGACAAGAAUCACAUGGAAAAAAAUAAAAUGAAUUCAGGUAACUCUUUUGAAAUGGAGAAUACAGAAAGAGAGAACCUUGAAGCUGAAACUAUGUCUAAUUUGAAUGAAAAAACUUGUCUGCAGAAAGAUAAUCAACCAAAGGCUUUUAGACCUUCACGACCAGUAAGGGGCCGAUUACCAAGGCCAAAGCCAAAUAUAGAGAAAACUGAAGAAAGAAAAGAAAUUCUUGAAUCACAGGAAAAAAUUGGGAUUGAUAUACAGAAUAAUGAAAAUGAAUCCUGUGUUGAUAGAGAUAUUCCUCAACAAAUGGAAGAUCAGUCAUGUAAAAAUUUCAGUAGGGAAGUGUCACAUGUCAUAUCUGAAAGAAAAGAUUCUUCUUUUCAAAAAGUACAGCCAGAUGAGCCCAAGACUCAUGAAUGUCCAAGCAUUCAAGAAGAUAAACAAGCAAAUGUCAUCAAGCAAGUCCCUGUUUCAAGGACUCGAUUUCAGAAACCAAAGCCAAAUACAGGAAGAAGAAGAGAGAUAUCCUCAAAGGAAGAAGUACCAGAGGAAAUACUUGCCUCUGGGGAAAUGACAGCAGCUUUGACAGAAAUUGUAAGACUAGAUGCCUUACCAAGGGAGAAGGUAUCAGUGACAACCACUACUGCUAAAGAAACGAAGUCAGAUUUAAAAGAAACUGGGAGAGACAUUUCUCUCAGUGAGAAGAUGCCGGAAAUGACUGACGUUACUUUGGAAAUGCAGACAGGUUUGAAAGCAAUUGAAAGAGAAAUUUCCCCAAGGGGGAUGAUAUCAGAAAUGACUGACAGCGCUGUGCAGAAGGAGACAGAUUUGAAAACGCCUGGAAGAGAGAGUUUCCCAAGGGAGAAGGUUCAGAAAUUAAUUGAUGCCAUUGAGGAAAUAGACAGAAAUUUGGAAGAAACUGGAAUAAGAGAAAUAUCCCCACAGGAAAAUGUCCAAGAGAUCAAGUCUAUUGGUGAGAUGGAGACAGAUUUGAAAGAAACUGAAAGAGAAAUGCCCACAAGAGACAGGACUCUACAAAAGAUUAAUGUCACUGAGGAAGGAGAGGCAGAUUUAGAAGAAACUGAAGGAAGAGAAAUAUCUGCAUUCAUAAUGGUUCCAGAGGAAGUCAAAACUAUAGAUGAAAUGAAAACAGAUCCGAAAGAAAUUAGAGGAGAAAUUUCUCAAAGGGAAAAGGUGCUAGUGAAGGUCAGUGCCCUAGGGGAAAGGGAGAUUGAUUUGAAAGAAACUGGAAGAGACAUUUCCCUAAUGGAGACCAUAUCAGGAGGGAUGACUGCCAUUGAGGGAAUGGAAGCAGAUUUGAAAGAUACGGGAAGAGAUAUUGCCCUGAUGGAGACCAUAUCAGAAAAGACGACUACUAUUGAGGGAAUAGAGGCAGAUUUGAAAGAUAUGGGAAGAGACAUUUCUCUGAUGGAGACCAUAUCAGAAAAGAUGACCGCUAUUGAGGGAAUAGAGGCAGAUUUGAAAGAUACUGGAAGAGACAUUGCCCUGAUGGAGACCAUAUCAGGGGAGAUGAUCACCACUGAGGGAAUGGAGGCAGAUUUGAAAGAUACUGGAAGAAAAAAUUCCUUGAAGAAGAGAGGAUCUGUAAAGAUUGGUGUUACUGAGGAAAUAGUGGCAGAUUUGGAAAAACCUGGAAAAAUAGAAGAUUCUCCAAGGGAAAAUGAAUCAGAGGAACCUGGUACUUCAGAGCAAACUGAAGCAAAUGUAAUGCAGAGCAAUAGUGUUGAAAUCACUAGCACACCUUCACUAGAUAUGAAAACUAUUAGCAGUGAAGUAUUAUCAGUGAUGCAUAUACCUACAGAAGAAAAUAGAAAUUCUGAAAAGGAGGUAUCCUGUCAUUUAAGUCAUUUGAAGAUUUCUUCACAGACUUCUGAACUUGGUGAAACAGAAGACCAGGGGAUAAGACCUCCAGAUGUUCCAGAGCAGUUUUCAGAUAUUAACUUAAGCAAAUCUCUUCCUCAAGAACAGAAGCCACGUGAAGAUAAACCAGCACCUUUUUUGAGAAGCAAAUUAAAAAGACCGAAACCAAAUUUAACAAGAGCAAUUUUAAAGAAAGAGACUACAGAAGCACAAAAAUAUGUACCUGGGAAGAAAUUGGAAACUGAUAAAGUAGAGACCAUUGUGAUACAGCAGGACAGUGAACAAGUUAGUACUUUCACUUCUCAACAUGAUGUGUCUUCUAUAAUAACAUCAGAAGAAAAAGAUAAAUCGAGUCACAAGGAAGAGGCUGUGACAUUACCAUGUAUACAGACUGAAAAGGACCCUUCUCCUUCAAAUUCUCAUGAACCUAAAGAGGAGUCUCAAUCAGCACAAACCCAGGAAAAUGAAUUAGUUGUUUCUACAGGGACUCCUGAGAUGAAGACUUUUCCACAAGAAGUGAAGGAAAGUGUUAUCCAGACUUCUGGACCAGUGAGGGGCCGACUUCAGAGACCUAAACCAAAUGUAAGAAAAGCGAGACCCAGGCAAAUAGUAGAAAAUGAUGAAGCCAAAGGCAUAAUUAAGGAGGAAAGAUCAAUACUACAAAAAAAUGAAAGUAGUAAGAAGUCCCUGACAGUGUCAAAUUCUCAAUUUGAAACUGAAAUUGAAGUACCCUCCAAAGUUUCAGAAUGCAGAAUAGAUGAAAAUCAAAGUCAUGUGGUUCUUGUAGAAAACCUUCAUAUUAAUGAAAGAAAUGUUUUAGAUGAAAAAAUGAGACAUGAAAAUAAACCAUAUGUUGCUAGUCCAGCACCAUUGAUAAGAAGGAAAUUCCAAAAGACUAAGCCAAAUUUGGGAAGGGUACACAGUAAGAAACAGGAACCAGGUAUAGAAAAAGGUACAUAUCAAAGUAGGACAAGCAAACAAGAAAACAAUUUGCAGCAGCGAGGAAAUUCUGACAUCUGUUUCUUUCCAAAAGAAAAAACAGAGAAUCUGUCAUCUAUGGAGGUUUCAGCAAGAAAAGAUUUUGUGGACUCUAGAGAAUCUAGUUUGGCCAAAAAAGAUGCUCAGUUAGAAGAAGUUGGACCUUCUGGAAGUGUUGGAGAGGAAAACGUAGGAACUAAUUCUGUGUGUUCAGUUGUUGAAGAGCGAUAUCUCAGUAAACUACCAAGCCGCCCACAAUUGUUAAAAGAAUCAAAUUCCUCUAAAAUUGCUCUGGAUCGAAGAACAACUAUCACUGCUACUGCUUCUGAGUGUGAGAUAGAUCAUAGUGAAAGGAGAAUACAUAGGAAGAUCAAACCAAAUGUCACCAAAGGGCGUGGAUCCAAACGAACUCGGGGUAAGACCUCUAAGAAGGAACCUAGAGCUUCCAAGUCAAUGCUGGUGACUCUUCGGGCUUCCCAGGAAGAAGAUGAAGAUGAUGAUGAUUUUGAAUCUGAUUAUGAAGAAGAAAAUUAUCAUCUUGCCCCAGAAGAAUUAAACAAAGCACCAGUGUUUGUACCCGUUGGUCUGAGAUCCCCUGAACCUGUUCCUGCUCAGAUUGAGGAAACAAUGGAAGAGCUUGAAAUAACUGAAAAUGUUGCAGAUAUAGGAUGUGUAACUGUUGUUGAACAUCACCUUUCAAACACAGAUGUAGCUACUCAGGAAGUAAAGGAAGAAAAAUAUUUGGAUUCAUCAUCAUUUGAAAUAACUGCAAGUGAACAGACCCAAGAUGAACCAGGUACCAAUGAUGGAAGCACUGAAGCUGCCAUAACCUUACUAACAAUGGGAGAUCUAGUAUUGCAGUCAGAAAUCAGUACUGAACAGGGUGAUGUAGGAGUAUGUGUAUUUCCUGAUGUUCAGUCAAAGGAUAAAAGUCAUAUUCCUUUCAACCCAGAUAAUGUAAAUCACAAAAUUGUUCAUGAAUAUCAGGAGCUUUCUUCACCAGUCAUUACUACAUCUCCUGCAUCAUUUGAAGAAAACAAGAUUGUAUUAGAGGAACAGAGUACUAGAGAAGUUGGUUUAAUGCAAGAAGUCAAGGAGAAUGCUACAUUGACCAGAAAUACAACUUCUAAAGUAACCAGUAGUUUGAGAAUGAGAAGCAGAUUUGUCAAACCAAAGCCAAAUCUUGAGAAGGUUUUACGAACCAAGAGGUUUCAUGCUUAUCAGAAAAAUCCCAGUUUUUGUGUUUUAAAAGGGGAAGAAGUAGAAAUUCAAAGAGAAACUGAGAAAAAUGCUUCCAAAGCAACAGAAUUGGAAGAGAAAAGCCUUGGGCAAGUUACAACAACAGAGAGUAAGGAGCAGAACAAAUUUUCAUGUGUACAUGGUAUCAAAGGGACCAGUAUUUCACAAGAAGCAAACUUAACAGAAAGAAAUGAAGAUCAAGAGGAGAGAUCUCAAGAGGUUCAGAUAGUGUCAGUUACUCCAAUUGUUUCCACUGAGCAAGGACCCUACUCAAUUGAUUUGGGUAGGGAUCUUGGUGAGAGUUCUGUUGAAGAGCCCCUGAGAAAGGACACUAAAGGAGACAGUGUGCUCACACUUCCUGUGCCAGAGUGUAUACCAACUAGUAUUCCAGAAGUCCAACAAGAGAAUGUAAUCAAUUCUGAAGACCUAACAGUGAAUCUGAUUGCUGAUGUACAUCAAGAUGAAGAGGAUGAAGAAGCAUUCAUUUUAACUCUGGUAGAAAUCCCAACCAAUGCUACAGAAGACUUUGCAGAUGCUACUUCUCAUUUAAUGCCAAACCCUUUACUACCAGCACCCAUAUUGGUAAAAUCUGUGAAUACUGAAGAAAUAGAUGAUAUGAGUAAGAGUUUACCACUAACUACAGUAAGAGUUGGUCAAGAUGCCAUGUGUUUAUCUAAUUCUGCAAGAGAUGAUUCUGAAGAGCCUCCUGCUAAUUUGGAUCUUAUAUCUAGGAAAAGAUUUCAUUGCAGACUUGAUGAAAGCAACCAUGUUCCUCCUGCCAAAAAAAUUUCACUCACUUCAAGAGAUGAUUGUCAACAGUAUACCUCUGAGGUGUGUUCAAAGAAAUUAAAUGUUUUUGAGGAAACAGGGGAGUCUUACAAGGGACGAGGUAUUUUCCCUACCUCAGGAUGUGCACAUGCAACUACAGAACCUCAAAAAGAGAAACUUGAAACAACUUUUCAGAAUAUAGGAUCUAGGACUGUUGAUAAAAUAAGAGAUACAUGUAUAGAAAAGAAUAUGCCUCAGGAUGAGAUGGUUGUAUCUGAUAAAGAAAAAAGAACAGAUUCUGCUUCUACAUCUGAACAAAUGGGUAGCAGAACAACAUCUUCAAAAACCUCACUGUCCAGACCUGGCAGAAGACCCCUGGGAUUUUUAUCUUUAAUAUGCUCAAAGAAUAAUUUGGAGUCUGAUGAACCUACUCACGUCCAUAGUAAGAAGCGCCUAAAACCUCUUAUACCUGUAUCAAGACGGAAUUUGAAGCGAUCUAAUCCACUUAAUGAAGACCAGAAAAAAAAUCAGGAGUCCUCUGAUCUGCUUCCAUCUCCAAGUGUUGUUAUUGAUACUCAGUCUGAGAAUAUUGGUAGUUCAUCAGCUCAGGUUUCUUGUGAUCAGCCCUUACUGAAAGAAGAACGGAAAACUGGCCAAAACCAGGCACGUGAACGGGAGCCAACCACAGUCUCUGAAUAUUUCUUCAGUGAUAUCUUCAUUGAAGUAGAUGAAACAGAAUGAAACCAUCUUUUGGGUUUUUUUCUUCUUCUUCCUCCACCCUUUUUUUUUGUUGUUGUUGUUUUUGUUUUUGUUUUUAAAGCAUUAGUAUUUCCAGAAUCAAUUACAUCAGCAAAGCAGCAUUUAGAAAAAAAGCAUCACUUUAUUUUUCUUUAGGUCAUUUGAACAUCUAAUACGUUUUUAUAAUCAGUGGAAGACAUUGCCGAAGUUCCUUUGAUUCUGAUUGAGUCAGCAUUUUGGAUAUACCAAACAAUUAAGACUGCUUUCUCAGAAAUAACUCUUGUUUACAUUUUGAUACUUCCUGUUCUGAGCACACAUGGACAUUGGAAAUAUUGUGGAUAAAUGUCUAUAUAAAUCAGUGCUGACAGUGGAGGUUGAUUGUAUUUAACAUUUAGUGAACUUCUUUUGUAAAGGUUUUUGUUUUUGUUUUCUUUUGGGGGGGAGGGAUGAUGAAGGCCCUUGCAGUUGCCUCUAAGUAUAUGAAAGCAAAUUGUGACUCUCCACUUGAGUAUGGUAAAGUUAAAAACUUUUCUAUUAUCAACUGUAUCUGACACACUCAAAAAUAUGUAUUUUUCUAAUUCAUGGUGAUGUACCAUUAGUCCUAAUUGAAGAACUAGUAUUUAAAUUUACUAUUUAUAAAGUUGAUACAUCAAAGAGCUUAUUUAUUUUUAAAAUUUUUAUUUAAAAGCAUACUCAGUUUUAAUUAUAUGUACCCUUCAGAUUGUGGGUAAAGAAGGCAUUAACAAAUUUAUGUUUGUCUCCUUUCCCUCUUUAUUUGUAAAGAUAUUUAAAAUGAUAUAACUAAAAAUAUUUGGGUAGUGUGUAUGGUUUAAAUGCUUUUUUUCCUCAUAGUUUAGUAUAUUGACUUUGUACUGUGAAUUUUUAUUUUUCUUAUUUCAUGGAUAAUCUCAGGAUUUUCAGGGAGAGAAAAAACUCAACUUCACUUAGGAGACAAAUUCUCACAUAAAAUUCAGUCUCCUGCGGGGGUGCUGUAGCGCAUACCUAUAAUCCCAGCAGCUGGGGAGGCUGAGGUAGGAGGAUUUCAAAUUCAAAGCCAGCCUCAGCAAUUUAGUGAGGCCCUGUCAAUUUUUUUAAAAAAAGGGCUAGGGAUGUAGCUCAGUGG